GCAGGGCCCGCGUCAUGGAGCCAGAACAGCUGCUGGAGGGACAGAAGCCAGUUUCAGAAAAUCCUCACUCCGAGUAUGGCCUCACUGAAAACGUCGAGCGAAUAGUGGAAAAUGAGAAGAUUAAUGCAGAAAAGUCAUCAAAACAGAAGGUGGACCUUCAAUCAUUGCCAAUUCGUGCCUACUUGGAUCAGACUGUUGUACCUAUUUUAUCACAGGGACUUGCUGUGCUUGCAAAAGAAAGACCUCCAAAUCCCAUUGAAUUUCUAGCAUCGUAUCUUUUAAAAAACAAGUCACAAUUUGAGGAUCGAAACUAAUUUCGGGAAAAGAAUAAAAUAAUUUGGUUGUUACUAU